AUGAACCAUACCCUCGUUUGUUUGUACGCAAUACGAGUGAAGCCAGAAAGUUCGGGAGUUAAUAAUUCUGAUGUCUCAUCUCUUGUAUGGCCUUCGAAUGCCACAAAGUCUUCAACCAUGCAACCCCGAUCGGACUUCGCCAAUAGCUCUGAUUACUUACCAGUGAAUCACAAAUGUCCGAACAUUCAUGUCGCUAAACCUCAGUAUGUAACUCCGAAAUCGUCAACACCACACCAAUCUUUGAUAUCUAGUGGACCAAACAUGUCUUCAGGAGGAAAGUUGAGGCCUCAGAAAUCAAAUAUUCCUGUUAAGCCACAAGAUAUACAACGUACCAAACGAUAUAUGAAGGAAGUAGUGAAAUCGUCAUCAUCAGGAAGUGUGUCCGCACUUCAGUCUAAACCUACAGGUGUGAUAAUAGCCACCCCAUGUUCUCCACAGGUUAAUGAACAGGGUCUCACCAGGUCAUUUGAUAGUUUUUCUGUGAGUGGAAGAGUGGCUUCAUCUAGUUCAUUUUCUGGAAGUGAAGAAUCAUUUCAUACAGUCUCUGAAAGGGUGUCGUUUUUGAAUGGAAAAGAUUUUAGUCAAAGAUUGUUACCUAGUCCAUGCAAUGUGUCAGGUUAUUCUUAUGAGACAGAGGACAGGAUUCCUUCAACAAGAGAACAUUCACGUGACCGACCGUCCAAUACUCAGCCACCAAAUUUACUGAAUGUUACGAAGAACUCACCUGGAGGUGCUAACUUUCAGCAGUGUUGUAAGAGAUUCUCAGAUGAUCAGGAGACUUACGCGCUAGGAGAUGAACAGUUAUGUAAUAGAAUAGGUCGGAUAAAUCUCUCGGAUAAUGGACCGGCUGUUUCACCUAUGCGUAUCGACAACGACUCAUCAUUCCAGUCCACAGAACGACAUAUUUCGUACUCUGGUAGUCAGGAAAAACAAGACACGAGUGAACUUAAGAGAAAAUCCACUAUACAACUCUAUGGUCUUCAACCGAGGCACGCCUCAUGGAAUGUUGGUUUUUCAAAUAUAGCUGGAUUACCAGAUGCUCGAAUGCCGGGUUCACAGUGCACGCAAAACGCUUUGGAACAUUACUUGUCAGAUUUGGUAGCAGAUGAGCAGAGAAUGAUGGCAAGUAGCCCUUGUACGGGUUUGGCGCAUGGUUAUUGCGAAACAACGUCUGGUUGUGUAAAUCCCUCAGUUUCUCCAAAAUCUGGUGAGACUGAGAAGAAAAUGUGCUCUACAGAUUUAUUACAGUUUUUGGAGCAACGCAUUGAAAAUGCUUUGAGGAAUAUGACGUCUAUGGACUCAAAACCAUACCCUUAUCAUAGUACACAAAAUCGGAUGCGCCCCAAUAGAAGUGCUUCCUUAAAUCCAGUUUGCGAACCUCGAGUAAAAGGUGUUGAGUCACCGUCAAUGGCUGGGAACCUCUUUCAAAAUCAACCGACGUUUGAAAAUAAUGAUUCACAACAGGUUUAUUCCAACGAAAACUCUGCUACGCCUCUAAAUAGACAACACAUUAGUUCUUAUUCAGAUGAACGCCCAAGCCAAACUUACACAGAAAGCAAUGUGCUUCAGCAAUUUAAUUUCGACGAGUUGCAGUAUCUUCUUAAAGCUGUCAGAGAUUUGUUGGUGUUACGCACUUCUUCUGCAUACACAAAUGCUUCACUGAGACAAGAUGGAUCUAAAAUGACUGAACUGGAUAAACCACGCAAGCAUGGUAAAACUGAACGGAAUGAAACAUGUGCGGUGUCAAACAGAGAUGAUCAGAGUAUGUGUACGGAGUCACCAUAUGUAGCUAGAUCAUUAUCAAGCAGUCGUAGUAGCAGUGCUGUGAGAAACAAUCGCUUUGAGGUGACGUCAGAAUCUCGAGGUAGCCGACUGAGUUCCGGAAUAUCCGAAGACGGUAGCCAUUCAAAUGCUGAUUUAAUGCAUCAGCGUCUACCCAUAGGUUUCCAGCAUUUUGAGCGGUAUUUGGAUAGUAAAUUUGGCCCAGAUCACCCAACUAACAACGCUUUCACAAACAGUUCGGAUGUUCAGUUAAAACCUGAGUCAUGUGCGAAAACAAUGCAAACGAGUUCAGGACAUUCCCCCUCAGCAUUGUCGGGAAAUUCAUCUGACCACAAUUCACACAUGUUAACUAAACAAAAACCACACAGUUCCAUCCCAAUGAAUUUAGGAACUACUCAAACAGGUAUUAUCACCACCAACAAGGCUGAGGAACCCGUCAAUAGCUCUUCUACAACACUCGUUUCGCAACACCCCAGUAAUUUAAACGAAGUUUCUUGUCCAAUGUAUACGAACUUGCAGUCUGAUUAUCCAGGACAAACAGAAUGGAAUUUAGAUGAAAAACUAACAAUGACUAGUGAAUCUUGUACUUCAACAUCUAACCAACCUGGUUUGGUCACACAUUCACAUAACAGUGGAUACGUAUCUGUUCCCCUCAUAAAUCACUCAAGCUCUUCUCAUACUGGAAACGCAGAUAGCAAUACUAAUCAUACGAAUUACUGCACAGAGUCAAAUAACAUAUAUGCUCCCGAUCUUCAACAGGGACAAGCAACUUCUUGGCCACCGAAUUGGUAUCAGUGGUACAUUUCUUCUCACAUGUUUCCACAAAGGCAUCCAUCAUAUUCACAAUUUCCCUACCACCAUUACUAUUACCCACACCUGAAACAACAACAACAAUUCGGUCUUGAUCAUACAGUUUUUUCACAACGCAUGAAUCGUUUAGUCACGCCUUUAUCUUAUGUGAUGAAUUCUCCUCCAAACUAUUCGCCUUUGGGGCAUUUUUGCUGCAUGGAUCCAAGCCAUGGACACGUAUACGAAGGCAAUUGUACAUCCCCUUUGACUGAAAGUUGCCAUUUCGUCUCCUAUGAUCCACAGACUACAGAAAACCCACUACAAGCAACGGCAGCCGGUGGUCUAUGCUCAUGUGCAAAUCCUGAUGGAAUCAAACGAUUUGCUAAUAUAAACUACACCUAUUCGGAUAGAACCCCAGCAAAUUCUUAUGCAGCUUAUAGACCGUCAGGUGUGUAUUCACCUCCACCUGGUUAUCCUUGGUUUCCUUGCAUGAACGCUGUUCGCUGGGAUCCAUUUUCUUACAGUAACAACAAUAACCUAGAAAACUACAAUUGGAAUGCUUAUUUUCAACGUCCGACUUAUGGACGAUUUACAAAUUGUAUGCCUCGUUCUGGUAGUGCAAAUGCUGGGUUUACAUAUUCGUCUGAAACAGAUAAUUUAUCAAGUCAUACAUCUGAACGUGGAGCAGCUUCAGAACUUGAUAGAUUUAAACAAAAUAGCAAUCGCUGUGAGCAUUAUUAUGCAGUUAAUCCAAGUAACCAGGUAUUUAUACUGUCAGAUCAAACAAAUGAUUCACAAAGCUUCUUUCAUCACAAUAAUAAUAAUGGUAACGUUUUACAGUCACCGGCUUUACGCUCAAUGACUAAUUCGUUUAGUGCCAAUGAUUUAGCCGCUUAUCAUAAUCAAAGUAGAAUAGGAAUGAGAUAUACUAAGUCAAGUUUUGAUUUAGCUCCAGAAUUACCCGUUGAACCGGGAUUAGCUUUAAUGGAUCAUUCUAAUUUCUAUUCAAAAAUUUCAUCAUUAAUUGAAAUGGACAACAAUAGUCGUUUAAUUUUACCGAAUGGAUGGUCUGAAAGACGAUCAGGUCUUGGUCGAUCAUAUUAUACAUGUGAUUCAACCAGAAGAUCCACAUGGAAUCAUCCACUUAUUGGACCGUAUGUACCACUGGGAUGGGAACGUGUUGAUUCAAGUCAAUCAGGUGUUUACUAUCAAAAUUUGCUUAUUCCUCACUGUCAACGUCAUCAUCCCAACCUCUGGAUUAAUGCUCCUUUAAAAGAUCCUGAAGUAGAACGUAAAAGUUUCUUUACCGAUCUACGUAAACUACAAUUAUCCCUACGGCAUAAUUUGCUUGCUUGCCAUAGUGAAGUGGGUGCAUAUAAAAAUGCUAACUCAGAACAAGAACAAUACUUUAUAAGCCGAUUUCGAUAUUUGAAAUUAGAGUCCCUAAUGGGAAUGAUUUAUGGUUUGGAUCAACUGUUCUACCAAGAUCUUCAUGCUUUAGUGGUAUCCUUUGAACAAGAAAGAAUGUCAGUAGUUUCUCAUAUGUUUGCGAUUCGACCGCCAGAGAAAACCUUCCCCCAGUUUACAGAUCCUUAA